CCGAGGCCGCGCAGUAAAUGGCGCAGCUGGCGGGAAAGUUGAGUGGCUGGUGCGCCGAGCCUCCGGGGCGAUGUGUAGUGACUUCCAUAGGGCUGAGUCUGGGACGGAGCUCCUUGCCCGACUGGAAGGUAGAAGUUCCUUGAAAGAAAUAGAACCACAUCUGUUUGCUGAUGAAGAUUCACCUGUGCAUGGUGAAAUUCUUGAAUUUCAUGGUCCAGAAGGAACAGGAAAAACAGAAAUGCUUUAUCAUUUAACAGCACGAUGUAUACUUCCGAAAUCGGAAGGCGGACUGGGAGGGGAAGUCUUGUUUAUUGACACAGAUUACCACUUCGAUAUACUUCGGCUCGUCACGGUUCUUGAGCACAGACUCUCCGAAAGCUCUGAAGAAGCCAUAAAACACUGCCUUGGGAGAUUUUUUCUGGUGUACUGCAGUAGCAGCACCCAGUUACUUCUCACACUGUACUCACUAGAAACUAUGUUCUGUAGUCACCCCUCUCUCUGCCUGUUGAUUUUGGAUAGCCUGUCAGCUUUUUAUUGGGUAGACCGUGUCAAUGGAGGAGAAAGUGUUAACUUACAGGAGUCCACUCUGAAGAAAUGUUCCCAACUCUUAGAGAAGCUGGUGAAUGAGUAUCGAUUGGCUCUUUUUGCAACAACACAAAGUAUAAUGCAGAAAACCUCAAACUCAGCAGAAGGGCCUUCUUGUGCCUUUAAUCGCCAGAGUGAUGUGGAUGUAGACUAUAGACCCUAUCUCUGUAAGGCGUGGCAACAAGUGGUAAAGCAUAGAAUAUUCUUCUCCAAACAAGAUGAUUCCAAAACCAGCAACCAGUUUUCUUUAGUUUCACGUCAUUUAAAAAGUAACAACUUAAAAAAACAUUUUUUUAUUAUUGGAGAAAGUGGUGUUGAGUUUUGUUGAUAUGUAACGUAAAAUAGUCUUUUUGUAGGAUAUCAUGCAAGUUUUAAAACGUCUUUAAUAGGCUAAAAUGAUUUGAUUCUAAAGUUCUUAAACUCUAAGGGAAUUUAACAUAACUGUGUUUC